UAGAAAUAGGUCCGAGUUCCCGAGUUGGAAUUCCGAGUUGGAUUACGGUUCCCAGUCGGAGUCAUUUUUUCCCCCGAGUUCCCAGUUGUCUUGAACGCACUGAUGUCGGAGUUUGGAGAUUUCUGAGUUUCGAGUUCCCAGUUGUUUGGAACCCAGCAACAGUGGUUUUAAACUCGUGGAUCACAAACAGCAUUCCUUACCUGCGGAAGUAACAGACAAUUGAAAACAAAAUAAAUAGAUAAUGGUCGGUGCUAUUGAUUCUCCAGGGACCCUUCUGCUGUUUCAUCUGCAGUUGAAGAGAUGGAGAGAUUGGUGUUCUUGUUUUCUUUGACCUUCACUGCAUGAACAUCACUCCAGAGUUCCAAGAGCCUGUUGUGAUACUACAGAUUGGUAUUGCAGUGUUGGUGGUUGUGUGGUUUUUCUACUUCCUGAUCACACGUCGGAACCCGCCCAAAGACACCCUGUUUUAUGAUUCUGCACCUCCUGUUCUACGUGCUGCCAAUGCUGGGGGCCUUUGUCUACGGACUCAUAGUGCCUGGCUGCACCUGGGUGCCUGAUUGGACUGUGUUCGUUGCUGGAGGCAUUGCCCAGUGCCAGUGGGCCCACAUCGGGGCAUCCCUCCACCCACGUACAGUGGCCCCAUUCCGGAUCCAAGGCGAGGCCUUCCUGGCUGUCCUGGCAGCCAACCUGCUGUACGCUGUGAUCCCCUCGCUCAUCGCCAUGCACUGCACCAGCAACACCAACUUCUUCUUGACCGUCACUAAACUGCCCGGGAUGGAGGGGAUGCCCUGGGUUCCUGAUGCCGACACUCUGGUUGAGAAAAAGCACAAUUAAAGUUUACUAACCAAGAAAGUUACCAAUAAAGAUAUGCCAUUAAGUUUACAGAAUUGAAUAUAUUUGACUUAACAUCGCACUGUAUCAUACAAGUAGUUUCUGUAACAAGUCCCAUAGGGACCGAAAAGCAGUGUUGGGGAGCAGUGAACUACAUU